AUGGGAGCGGGCGCCGAGGAGGUUGGGGAUGUCCCUGCGGGCGAAGGAACGGAGGUCUCUGAAGUGAAGGCCUCCUACCAGGAAGGAUUCCCAUCGAGUUGCCCGAGAGAUGGCUCCAUCGACGAUUCGGAGCUGAUUGAAAUGAAGGAAAACAUCUCCACCUGCGAGCUCAACGCAGCGGAGGGCGAGUUCUCCGUCUUGACCUCGGCGACUGCCGAUCAUCACGCCGAGUGCGGAACCUCCGGUGAAGGAAUGGUGACUAGAUAUCCGAGGGGCGACCUGGAAGCUCUGAGAUUUGCCGAUGUCGAUGAGCAGCAGAGAAAGUGGCAUCAAGUAUACCAGGGCCUCGAUUCUGGAGUUUCCCAAGAAUACGAUAAACUGGCAGAGGACGGUCAGAAGAAGAUGAACAGGAAUCAAGAACAGCCGAGGCGCUGGGAGAGGAGGAAGGAGCCCAUUUGUGGUAAGAGUAAGCUCAUAACUCCUUCCAUUCUAGAAUAA